CCUCUCCUCCCGCUUGCUCGGCAUCCCUCCCCCCUUUCAUCGGCUUCAACUUCACCCAACCCAGACAGGCACCUUCACCUUCUCCACUGCCAUACAUACCUUCUUCAAUUGGAAGCCUCGCCGUAGUGCACAACUCCCACCAACUUGACAUCUGCUAGGAUGACCUCUCACGGCACUUUGAAGGCGACCUUCGCCGGACGCGCCGAAUCCGCCAGCCAUCCGCUCACAGCCUACCUACUCCGAUUGAUGGACUUGAAGGCUUCCAACCUUUGCCUCAGCGCCGACGUCCCCACCGCAAGAGAGUUGCUUUACCUUGCCGACAAGGUCGGCCCCUCCAUUGUCGUGCUCAAGACACAUCACGACAUCGUCUCCGGCUGGGACUUCAACCCGCAGACUGGUACCGGUGCUAAGCUUGCCGCACUAGCUCGCAAACAUGGUUUCCUGAUUUUCGAGGAUCGCAAAUUCGGCGACAUUGGUAACACGGUCCAGAUGCAGUACGUCGCUGGAUCCGCAAGGAUCAUCGAAUGGGCUCACAUUAUCAACGUCAACAUGGUUCCGGGCAAGGCCGCUGUCACAGCUCUCGCAGAGGCUGCCGCAAGAUGGCGCGAAAGGUACCCCUACGAAGUCAAGACAUCGGUUACGGUUGGAACACCGAGGUCGGAGAGCUUCGACGAUUACGAUGAGGACAACAACGGGGACGGCUUCGAACAUACCAUUGGCACCCCCCGACCAUCCGACGUCAACGGACGAAAGGGUAGCAUUGUCUCCAUCACGACCUUGACACAACACUUCGAACCUGCGCCAUCCCCUCGAUUCCCGAGAAACGAGUCCCACAGCUCUGACGAGGUCCUGUACGCUGGAAUCGAAGAGGCACCUAUGGAUCGCGGUCUUCUCAUCCUGGCGCAAAUGUCCAGUGCUGGCAACUUCAUGAACAAAGAGUACACCCAGGCUUGCGUCGAAGCGGCCAGGGAGAACAAGAACUUCGUCAUGGGCUUCGUGUCCCAGGAGAGCCUCAACACCGAGCCGGAGGAUUCUUUCAUUCACAUGACACCGGGCUGCCAACUGCCGCCGGAAGGUGACGAGGAGAACGGUGCCGUUGCGGGUGACGGCAAGGGACAGCAGUACAACACGCCCCAGAAACUUGUUGAGCUUUGCGGCACCGAUGUCGUCAUUGUUGGUCGUGGUAUUCUGAAGGCGGGUGAUCCUCAAUCGGAGGCCGAGAGAUACCGCAGGAAGGCUUGGAAGGCCUAUCUCUCCCGGGUGGCAUAGGCGGCUCUUCUCCUACACACACAUCCACACCCUCCACCCUCCACCUACCCACCAAACUUAUACACACCCCAAGUCAAUACCCAGGCGUGUUUUUUUCUAUCGUUUUUUCCAGUCGUGCCGACGUCGGGGGGGCUUUUAUGCCAUAUUCUCUAGGGUGCUGCUGCUGGUUCAUGCAUAUUCGGUCUUGCAAUGGUAUUCAUAUCGUAGAGGAUGGGGAUUCGGACUCGG